GAGGGGCCGGGCCGCGUGGCGCAGGCGCUGGGGCAGCCGGAUUGGUGCGGGCGAGAAGCUGACCGGGGAAACAUGGCGACGAAGACGGCUAACAUGGCGACGAAGAAGGCUGUGUGUGUCCUGGCCACGGACACCAACGUCACCAAGGACAACGUCAGCGGCGUCCUUUACUUUGAGCAGCAGGGUAAUGGACCAGUAUAUAUAUCAGGAAGUAUUCAGGGCUUGACUCCAGGAAAGCAUGGAUUUCAUGUCCACGAAUUUGGAGACAACACAAAUGGAUGUAUGAGUGCAGGUGCUCACUUCAAUCCUGAGAACAAAACACAUGGUGGACCAGGUGAUUCAGAGAGGCAUGUUGGGGAUCUUGGAAAUGUGAAUGUAGAAUCCUCAGGAUUGACAAGAAUUGAAACUUGGGACAAUCUGAUUUCUCUCGAAGGACCAAAUUCAAUUAUUGGGCGUACUAUGGUGGUUCAUCAGAAAGAAGAUGACUUGGGUAAAGGAGGAAAUGAAGAAAGCUUGAAAACUGGAAAUGCUGGUCCUCGUUUAGCUUGUGGUGUGAUUGGCCUUGCUAAGGCUUAGAUCUUUAAGCACAUCAUAUGGAAUGUAAAUGUACCUGUGAAAUUUAAGUUCAGCUGUUAAUUAGGGUGAAAAAUAACCAUUUAAUGUCAUAGCUCUGUUAAAUUCCAUUUAAACUGACAAGUUUGUUUUAUAUAUCUUGUAAUUAAAGUAGCAAUGAAACAUAGUUUGACGAAUUGCCAGUAGGCAGAGACUGGUGUGACACCAGUUUAUUACUUUUCACAGAUAAAGUCUUCUGGGAUAACUUAACCAUUUCACUUUCACCGGAGAAAGUGGUUGAAGUUAUAUUAGCAGUUCUGACCAGCCACUCUUAUGGAAGGAUUUUUCAUUGCUGUCCCUGAUCUUCAUAUGGAUCAAUACUAAUAUUCAGUUAGAAUUUCACUAUUGUGAUAACAAGCUGAAGUAAUAUUACUUUGAACCUUGUUAUAUAGUUCAUUCUUUGACCAAAUUUAAAUACAUUGCAAGAGUUCAAAUGAAGCCUUGAGUUUAUUUUAGCUCUGAAUUAACAUGCAGUGGAAGUUUGUGGCUUACUUAAAGCUGGGUUCUAAAUCAAUGUUUCCUUCUCCCUACCUUUGCUCUCAAAAAUUCAAAAGUUUACAGUUCUGCUAAAUUGCAAUGACAAAAAGUGCUUUAUUCAACUUCAUCUAGGUAGCUGUAGGCUUCUUCACAAUCCAAGCCUGUUCUUGCGCUACAGAAAACAAUGAAACCCAUUUAAAGCUAUGUGAAUAAAGCUGAAACUGAUAGUA